AUGACCACCAAACAAGCAUAUGGCGCGACGGACAGCGCGCCCGUAGCACCGACGUCCACAGUCACUGGUCCCAAUGCACCAGUACACAGGAGAGCGGUGUCGUCUCCGAGCGACGUGAUUCUCUACUUCCUCGCUAUUUUCAUUCCUCCAUUGGCCGUAUUUUUCAAGCGCGGCUUCGCGGCUGACUUUUGGAUUAAUAUCUGUCUCUGGAUUCUCGGGUGGAUUCCAGGCAUCCUCCACGCGUGGUAUGUAUACUCCUUGUCUUCAAUGUGGCGUCAUCUUGAUCUUCGGUAUCGCAAGGUGGGUAAUCUCCCGGAGCGAGGGCGCGAUGUGAUAGGCAUGGAUCACCACUUCCUAUCAGUACCUACUGUUCAGUGA